AUGCAUUUCGACCAGCAGGCGCCGUUUGCCGACCUCUUCGACUUUGCCAGCUCGUUCGCCGGCCCCGGGGCUGAAGUUCCCUCGCUCUUCAGAGGUGUCCCUGACCUCGACCUCCGACCUGCCAGUGGCGAGCAUGGUGCAUCCGGUUACCCCCUGCUGUCCGUUGCGUCCGUUGCGAGAAGCCCCUCGCCAACACCGAGCGACAAUUCCGACGCGGAUCGCGGGUCUGACGACACCUUGGCGAUGACGGAACCGCCGCCGAUUUUACAGCCCAUCGAGAAUGGGCCACGCUGGGCCUCGGCGAGGGCGUUCUUGGAGGCCAUGGCGGCCUCGUCGGCCAUGGUGCGUUGCUCCAGAAUGGCCUUUGCUGCCCUGCAGCGCCAGAAGAAACCCGCCUCUCUCCAAGUUGACCAUCGUCCCUUCUAUGACCGCGCAGCCAAGAAAUUGGCUGAAAGCGUCACCGACCCUUUUGCAGGCACUGCCGACAAUCGGGAAGACCUCAAGCAUAUACUGACGACAAUUUUUUUCCUGUCGUACAUCGACCUUCUCACCGAUCGCCAUGACCUGGCGCAUGCCCACCUGAAGCAGGCCUACAAGGCAAUCAAGAAAAGAGACAGGCUGAACUCGGAGCCGGUCGAACAGCGCGUCAUCUCAUGGAUCCGCGUCCUUGACGCAAGAGCCGCAUCCGCUGGUGGCGAGGGCUGCUUCGUCAACGACCAAUCCGGCGUUUACUCGCCCGUCGAUACCCAGGUUUGCCACGCCUCAACGCCUUCGGGCACAGGCGAGGCGCACAACGCCAAGGUCGAAGAGGUUCUCUACGACCUGCUCUGCCAGCCGGGCCUUCAAUUCUUCCAGGAGGUGCAGUCUGUCACGGGCCGCAUCACCAGGAUCGACCACUAUCACCGCAGCCGCGGCACGGUCGAGGACGAGACCCAGGUCAUGGCGGCUGCUGCCGACAUCUUGCGCGACUUGUCCCGCUUGCACGACCGGCGACCUGUCCUCGCGGACCACGCCGUCGCCGGCGACAUAGGCGAAAGCCUCCUGGCCCCCUCCCUGGCGAGCGCUAUUGUGUCCUCCUACCGCACAUAUCUGGCAAACUUCCACAGCUGCUACGUCCACCUCCACCGCGUCGCCCACCGCCAUCUACCGCGUCCGCAAAUGCUCGUCAAGGCCAUUGCGCGUAUACGUGACCUCAUGCGAGCCAUGGUUGCGAGCCGGGAGACUUUGCCUGUCAAUGUCCUGUGGCCGCUGUUUCUGUGGGGCUGCGAGGAGGACGAUGUGGAGGAAUGUUGCUGGAUCGUCGAGACGAUUCGCACCUUCGAGAGCAUCGUCACAAACGCCAACAUAGCGGCUGACCUGCUUUGUGAGGUGCAGCAGCGGCAGCGAGAUUGUGGGGGCCGCGUUGAUAUACGCUCUGUCGCCGUGGAAAUGUUCAAGGCGAGCUUCGCCAUGGUGUAG